GGUAACUUAGGUGGUAGGCUUCGUGGCUACAGGGCAGGAUUGAAUGGCUCCAGUAUACGAAUAGGCUUCUUGUUGGUUAUAUUCCAUGAUAAGGGUUGCUUUUCAAUGCUGUGGGUUGUUGGGAUUGUCUCGUACUGUGUUGUACAGUACAGCGAUUGAUCUCGAUGACUUAUCUCAGUUUAUACUGAAGUUAAUUGUCUGUCUCUUGGAACACCGCAAUCAUCGUCGUCAUCAUCAUGAAGCUUACAACGGACCUGUGUAUGUACAUGUACAAGCUCUUGUUUGCUGCUGCCGUGUCACUGUCAUCCAACCCAGUUCAUAAAAACAAAAACAAAAUCCGAAACCCCCCAAUGAUAUCAACCACUGAACACGAUGAACCCAUAAUCCCGAGAUGAAAACGCACAAUACCCCGAGAGAA